AUGGAUCCCUUUAACAGUCUUCUACCCUCCGAAACUUGCACGUCUGAACGCUUAGUGCAGGAGGCAUUAAGGCUUUACGACGAAUUGGACAUGCACAAAGUUCUAUUGAAACAUGUGUUGGAAAAUAAUGAAUCGGAAAUAAGCCUCGUGUCUGAUCUGGAUAUUAAGGAAAAUAUUCUCAGUGAACGGCUUUCUAGUGUCUUGGAGAAUGACGGUUUCAUUGAAGAUAUUAUACAGUCUCUGAAUAAUACUGGGAUUUCGGAUCAAUUAAGCGAACUGGACGAUGCCAAACGUGCUCUAAAGACUGAACAAGAAAAUAUCAAGAAAAAGAUGGAAGAACUCACAAAAAAUAUCACUGACCUUCAGAUAUCAGGCAUUAGUCUCUCUUCAACCAAAGCUGAUGCUAAUUCAUGGCGCUCAGUACAACCAAGUGAACUUGUUGUCGGAAUCCGUGGAAUUCCCGGCCAAGCGGUAAUCGCAAAGCUCGCCGAUGGCUCCUGGUUCCCAGGAAAAAUAGCCCAAAUUUGUCAGCAAGAAGAUCCCGAUGGUCCAUUGGCUUCAAUAAAUAUCAAUCAGCAUAUUAACGUUGGUGGCAGUCCUUUGACGCUCAAUCGCAACCGGCAGGCCUCCAGAACAGAAAAUACAGUUAGAUUCCUAGUAAAUAUUGACAUGUCGCCCGAACAACAAACUUUUUCUAAUGAACUCAAUCAAAAGAAGGCAAUCGUGGACUCAUCUGCCAUUGCUCUGGCAAUUUCAGCUGAGCAACUACGACAGAAAUACCCGGUCGGCUCGCGCGUUGUUUCUCUUUAUCGAGACGAAUUUGGCGGUAUAGGCUACUACUCUGGUCUUGUUGCGGAACCUCCAAGCGAGCGCAAUUCAUAUCGAUAUCUUGUAUUCUUUGAUGACGGCUACGCACACUAUUCCCGGGCUGGCGAAGUAUUCCGGAUUUUUCGGCAGACGAAGGACAACUGGCGCGAAACUGCUGCAGGCUCGCAGGACUUCAUAAAACGCUACUUGGCCCAGUAUCCACAGCGACCCAUGGUUAGAAUGAAGCUCAAUCAGACCAUCAAAACAGAACUCGAGGGUGAAUGGCUGCAAGCUACCGUAGAGAAAAUUGAUGCUAGCCUCGUCCUAAUGCGCUUUUCCGCAGAUCACGUUGAAUGGAUAUAUCGAGGCUCACCCAGGCUUGAACCGCUGUUCAAUGAUCUAAUGGUCAACCGAGGGUCAAAUAAUGCCGAAGAUAUGCAGCGUGUCGUCGUGGACUAUGCCAACGUUGAAGCAUCUCUCACCUGUGAUGGAGGACGAGGCGAACGCCCAAAGAAACGGGUGUCUGCUGCUGGUCACUGCGCUGUUCGGACGAUGACCACUGGCCGGUCGACCUCCGCGUCAAAGUCGUCCGGUCAUCGUCAAAAGGGUGCUGCCGCGGGCGCAGAAAAGCGCUCAUCUUCUUCUUCCGCUCUACAUCAACAACAACAACAGCAGCAACAACAACAAAAACCUCAGUCGCAGGUAGAACAGCCGCCGGAACCGGCUGUUUCGCAGCCCUCUACCCAGGAGGCCGAAGAGACAGGGCGGAUUGUCAGAUACCUGGACAUUGCUCAGGAAGCCUCCAUAAAACCUUAUGGUAAGUCACUGCGCCGCGGUAUAACUUCACUUUUUGGAACAUUUUUAUCCGAUUUUUAUCUCCGACAUAGGAGUCUAGACGGCUCGUUAUAG